AUGGAUGUCAUCCCAGAAGAAUUACUGAUUUUGGUGUUUUCUUAUCUUGAUCUUACAUCUUUAUCUUUUUGUGAACAAGUUUGCAAAUAUUGAAACCUCAUAUUAUCAUCUGAGUCGCAAAAUUGCCUUUUUCAAGUCAUUGAUGUAUUUUCUACCCACAACUCAAUAGCCCCUCCUUUUGAAUGAACACUUCGAAAGGCCGUCAACCACAAAACAAAAGAAUUAAUAAUCGGCGGGUCAAACUACAAAAGAACUGAAGUCAUAUUAUUAAUUGAUUCUUGUGCAAACUCCUUGAUCUCCUUAGAUUUAUCAUUUUUUCAUUUAAAGCAGAGCUUUUAUCAGACAAUUUCUAAUAAAAACAGCAUAAUUCUGGAAAAAUUGACAAUUUGUGAUGCAAGACUACGUGAUGAAUGCUUAGAAUGAAUCUUAAAAAUUGGUACCUUAAAGUACCUUAAUGUGAAUAACAACACAUCUUUGGUAGGGAAACCGUUUUUAACAUGCCAAAAGCCACUAGAAGCACUAUGAUUUGAAGGCUGCGAAAACUUGGAAUAUGAAAAUAUUCUGCCCUAUGUCACAGCAUAUGGGGAUAGGAUGGAUGAGUUUGGGAUUGAUGGAGAAAAUUACUCUUCAUAUCAAGUCUGCACACUUUUAAGCAAUGUUUUGCUUAUUAAGAAAUUCAGCAUAGGCUUUGCCAAUGAAAUGCAGGAUGAAAUGCUUUAUUAUUUGAUCAAAACAACGUGGGAAUAUUUAAAAAUUAAAAAAGGAAUCAAUUUGACAGAGAACGGGUUUUCUGAAAUAUUUUCACAAAGGCUUAAUAAUUUAGAAUAUCUUGAAUUAGCCGAAUGCUCAGCAAUCUCAGACAAAGUUUGUAUCCUAAUUGGAGAAAACUGCCCAAACUUGCAUACACUUAUUAUCACCUGAUCCGAUUUUAUUACAGAUCUCGGCAUCAUCUCAAUCAUCAACGGUUGCGAAUCCCUUCGAAAUUUCGACUUAACCGGACAAAAAUGCAUCACCGAGAACGCUUUCCCUAUCGACAAGCCUUACAAAAUUUAUUUUUCUCUCCUGACUCUUUACCUCUCCCAAUGCAACAAAGUAAAUGACUCAAGGCUCUGAGAAUUAAGCAACCAGUACCCACAAAUCAAAAUAAAGAACUACUAUGGGGAGUUCAAAGAGGGAUGGUAA